AUUCCUUGAUUCUUGACAUUUAGAGGGCUGAAUUCCCGUCUCCCACAGAAGGUUGGAGGUGAGGGGAAUAUUCAGACUUCUAAGAAGGGGAUGCUGACAACACAUCCAGGCUGCUUUCUGGAAACUGCAAGAAGCCUGGGUUUCUGUCACCUGAUUGGUCCCAGCUCCACUGUCCCUCCCCCUUGUCCAAUAAAGCAUCUGCCCGAGUUGAGUCACUCUGCAGGAAGCCAGGAACUAGAGACAGAAAAAGGAUCUCAGCUGGUGGCGUGUGCAAGAUGGAAACCAACCUCUCCAUCGCUCCGAAUGAAUAUGAAGAGAUACUCCACGAGUCUGCUGGCUACACUGUUCUGUGGAUCCUAUCACUGGUGGUGCUUGGGAUCACCUUUGUCCUUGGCAUCCUGGGCAAUGGGCUUGUGAUCUGGGUGGCUGGCUUCCGGAUGGCACGCAGUGUCACCACCAUCUGUUACCUGAACUUGGCCUUGGCCGACUUCUCUUUCACUGCCACUCUGCCAUUUCUCAUUGUCUCAAUGGCCAUGAAAGAACGGUGGCCUUUUGGCUGGUUCCUGUGUAAGGUAAUUCACAUUGUGGUGGACAUCAACCUGUUUGGAAGUGUCUUCCUCAUUGCUUUCAUUGCCCUGGACCGCUGUAUUUGUGUCUUGCAUCCAGUCUGGGCCCAGAACCACCGCACUGUAAGUCUGGCUACAAAACUCAUCAUUGGACCCUGGAUUUUUGCCCUAGUCCUUACCUUGCCAGUUUUCAUCUUCUUGACUACAGUAAAUGAUGGAACAGGGAAUAUAUACUGUACUUUCAACUUUGCACACUGGGGCAACAGUAUUGAACAGAGGUUGAAGGUGGCUAUCACCAUGUUGACAAUCAGAGGGAUCAUCCGGUUUAUCAUUGGCUUCAGUAUGCCCAUGUCCAUUGUUGCUAUCUGCUAUGGGCUCAUUGCUGCCAAGAUACGUAAAAAAGGCAUGAUUAAAUCCAGCCGUCCCUUAAGGGUCCUUACUGCUGUUGUGGCUUCCUUCUUUCUCUGUUGGUUCCCCUUUCAAAUGGUUGCCCUUUUAAGCACAGUCUGGCUCAAACAGAUGCUGUUUGAGGGCAAGUACAAAAUCCUUGAUGUCCUGACUAAUCCAACAAGCUCCCUGGCCUUCUUCAACAGCUGCCUCAAUCCAAUCCUUUACGUCUUCAUGGGCCAAGACUUCCGAGAGAGACUGAUCCACUCCCUGCCUGCCAGUCUGGAGAGGGCCCUUACUGAGGACUUAUCCCAGACCAGUGACACAACAAACAAAUCCACUUUACCUCAUGAAGAAGCAGAGUUACAGGCAAUGUGAGGGCAGCUGGGGGACAUUUUUGAGCUCUGUAUGCUCCUACCCUUCUCCCAUUUCCAGCUCCAUCUUACCUUGGGUCAUACUGAGACACGCAUCGUGAAAGGAAAAAGUAACAUAAGAUGUCAUUUUUGGAUUUUGGGCCUCAGCUUCUUCCCCUGGGAUAAGUGGAGACUGUAAAGGGGUACAAGGGAGGAGAAGAGAAAGUGAUGGGGAACUGGUAACGCUUAGAUAAGAGGGUAUGGUAAGGGGAAAACUUUAGUUAUUUUACCAUUAAGAUGUUUGCUGUAGGUUUUAUUUUAAGCUAUUUUUAAUAAGAUUACAGGAAUUUCUUUGUAUUAAUAGUUCACUGUUUUCUUCCUUUAAAAAUCAUGAAUGGCUAUACAACUGUAUCAAAUGAAUUUUAUGCAUAUAUGAAGAUAUUAUUUUUAUCCUUUUAUUUACGCCACCAUACAUUACCUUGAUUGAUUUUUGCAUGUGAAACUACCCUUGCGUUCCUAGAAUAAACCAGGAUUGGUCAUGA